CCGAUUUUUAAUAAUUCAAGCUACGCCUCUUCCCGGUCCUGACCCAGACUUGUCUUAAUUCAUCAUAACCUUCAAAAAUUUCUCGAUCCUCACUGUACAGCGAACUUGUAGCUCACAACAGACGAUAAGACUGCCAAAAUGACGCAGGUUGAGGAUGACUACGACGAAAGCACCAAUGCCGAUGAGACCGGCGGGGCUGGCCCAGGAGCACCUACGCCUCUGACUGCUUUGGAGGGUGUUGGAGGCUUGACAAAGCGGGAUAUUCAACUUGUCAUGGAAGGCGGAUACAACACUGUAGAGUCUGUCGCCUAUACACCGCGGCGGAUGCUCGAACAAAUCAAAGGAAUUUCGGAGCAAAAGGCCGGAAAAAUUCUAGCAGAAGCAUCCAAACUCGUACCCAUGGGCUUCACAACGGCGACAGAGAUGCACCAGCGCAGAAGUGAGCUGAUAUCUAUCACGACUGGGUCGAAGAACCUCGACACCAUGUUAGGUGGAGGUAUCGAGACCGGCUCUGUCACGGAGCUCUUUGGAGAGUUCCGUACAGGAAAAUCACAAAUUUGCCACACGCUUGCCGUGACGUGCCAACUGCCCUUUGACAUGGGCGGCGGAGAAGGCAAAUGUCUUUACAUCGACACCGAAGGCACAUUCCGACCCGUUCGGCUGCUCGCUGUGGCCAAUCGCUUUGGAUUAUCGGGCGAGGAAGUGCUCGACAACGUUGCAUACGCACGGGCGUACAACUCCGACCACCAGCUGCAGCUUUUGAACCAGGCGUCAGCCAUGAUGUGCGAAACGCGCUUCAGUCUCCUUAUUGUGGAUUCGGCCACCGCACUCUACCGCACAGACUUCCUUGGUCGUGGAGAGUUGAGCAGUCGUCAGACUCAUCUGGCAAAGUUCAUGCGGCAGCUGCAGAGGCUGGCGGAUGAGUUCGGUAUUGCAGUUGUCAUCUCAAACCAGGUCGUCGCACAGGUCGACGGUGGCCCUUCGGCCAUGUUCAACCCCGAUCCCAAGAAGCCCAUAGGCGGAAACAUCAUCGCCCACGCCAGCACCACGAGACUGAGUCUGAAGAAGGGUCGUGGUGAGACCAGAAUCGCCAAAAUCUAUGACAGUCCAUGCCUUCCAGAGAGUGACUGUCUAUUUGCAAUCAAUGAGGAUGGCAUUGGCGAUCCAUCGCCGAAGGAUGUUGAGAAGAUGAACAACUGAAGCUGUGGGAGAAUGAUAAGUUUUUUGGCUGGUGUUUGAACUUUUUUUUUUCAUGAAAUUUUGGCAUUUUUUGUUGCUCAGAAGGCGUUCGGCUGUUAUUUGACUGACGAAGACAGAGCUAUGACGUGAAAUGGGAUUAUCAGUGGGUUACUUAAUAGUUGCUUGGAGGCGUCUUUGGUUCAUUUUUGCAUCUGGCCUGGUGUUCGACGGGGUAUUACAAUAUAUGGACCUAACAGUGGGCUCUGCUACUCUCAUCUCAGUUGAUUGUGCUUAUUUAUUUUGUCUUUUUUCACAUAUCGUAC